AUGAUGUACCGUCCAUUUCUGCUUGGGUUGGCAGUGUGUGUCGUGGUCAGGGCUCAGGUUAUCACCAUCGUGACUGAUGAUGUUGAGAUUAUUAAUCCUGAGAAACCAAGAGAGGGAAGAGAGGGGAGGCUGAAACAACUUGAGGAAAGACUGGAGAGACUGGAGAGAGAAAGUGAGCUUAGAGGUCUGUCUGUUUUACAGUUUUUAACACUGUACUGAUGCUAACAUUACUGUAAAUUAAUCCUGUGACCCACAUAUAUAUAUAUAUAUAUAUAUAUAUAUAUAUAUAUAUAUAUAUAUAUAUAUAUAUAUAUAUAUUUUAAUCAAAGCUGACACCUUCCUCUGUGCUCUUGUGAAUUUGAAGUCUAACAACAGAAGGUUGAUUUUUAUUGGAUUAUUUUGUUUGUUGUUGAUAAUAAUCUCACGUCAAAUAGACUCACAGGACGCCUUUAUUAACCCGAAAAGACCAGACACUAAACAGACUGACUGAGUACAGAUCAGUGUCAGUGUUUCUGUUUCUCUCUUUAUGGAUUUAUAACUUUCUAAAAUACAGAAGAUCAUAACUACAGAGGAGGUUGAGAGCCAAUGGAAAAUCAUAUUAAAUUUAAAAUGCAUCUAAAGUUUUUUCCUCAGAAUUUUGAGAUAAAUGUCAGAAUUCAGAGAUUAAAAUGAAAAUCUUAUUUUUUUCUUUAGAAAAAUUUAGCUAAAAAAUCUAAAAAAAAUGUCUGAUCUAACCUUCAUCCAAUAAUUUAUUCUGUUUUUCUCAAAAAAUGAGUUUAAAAUGUAAAUUUAAAGAGAGUAAGACCCUCAACUGUGCUUAACAAUUAUGUAAAAGUGAACGGUUUUAUUCUUGAAUAAAGACAGAAUUCAGACUUCAUUCAUUGAAGUCUGAGAAAAAAGUCAGAAUUCUGUCUUAAUCCUACAAUUCUGCUUUUUUUCCCCCAGAAUUCACGGAUUAAAGAAGAGAAUAUUUGUCAUAGAAUUCUGAAGUUAACCUAAGAAUUUAAAAUUUUAGCUCUAAAAUAUAAGAAAAAGGUCAGAAUUAUGAGAUAAAAUCCGAAUCAGAAUACUUGCUUACCCCGGUGGUAAAUUCUGUUAAUGUCAGUCUGCUAUUUUUGUCACAUUUCUGACUUUUCUAAAAUUAGGAAUUCUGAAAAAAGUCUGAAUCAAACCUUCAAACUUUGUAUCCUGAAAAACAGCAUAAUUCCGGGAUCAAAGACAGAAGUGGAAAGUCAAAAUUGGGAGACAAAAGCAGUAAUCAGAUCCCCCCUAGAACUCUAAAUUUAAACAUACAUUUUCCAAAUUUAAAUCUAGGAUUCUAAUAAGCAGGUCAGGUUUCUAAGCUAAAGUUUAAAAAAUCUGUAAUUUUUAUUCCAAUUCAAGGUUUUGAUUCAGAAUUCAGAGAGAAAAGUUGUUUGUUUAUAAUCUUAGAACUCUUCAGUUUUUGUGCAAAAUUCUAAGAUUGGAGACAAAGUUCUGGCUUUUGAAUUUUAUCACACAAUUUUGCAUUUCUAGUGAGAAUUCUAUGACAGAUGAAUUAUGAGUUAAAAGCCAAAAUUCUGCUAUUUUUUAUCAGAUUUCUGACUUUUUGAAAUUUAAAAUUCUGUGGAAAAAGUCUAAAUUACGUCUUUAGUCCCAGAAACCUGGAUAGAAACAGCAUAGUUCUGCAAUUAAAUUCUGACAUGUGAGUUUAAUGAAAAAAACGUCACUCUGAUUGGUCGUCACAGUGAAAUCAGUACACAAAUAUCAAAAAUUAUUACAAAUACAAGUUUCUCUGAUGAAAUAUGGUACUUAGUGAAAUCAGCUGAUCUGUGAGACCCGUUCAAAGGUUGAGGGUCAGAAACAAACAGAUAAACAAUGCUGCUCUGAUUUCAUGAAACUGCCACCGUUACUUUGAAUGUUGCCUGAUGUCAUAUGAUCCAGACCGGCCAAUACAAAUAUGCCAUAUUGUUUGAGGCUUGAGUCCUGCCCACCAGAUUCAGCCUACAGUUAUAAGCUUGUAAAAUUGUGGUUUGAAGCUUUUUGUCAUCAAAAUGAAUUGUUAUACAGAAAUAUAUCAUGAAUCAGUAUUUACAGGAUCACCUGGUGACCUCCUCCUGUGUCCUCCUGCAGGUAAAUCCCAGGUGGCGUUCGCAGCGUCCCUGGUGGACGUUGGACAGUGGACCCAUCAUGGACCCUUUGAGACCCCAUCCACACUGCAGUUCAAGAAGGUGACGACUAAUGUGGGCAACGCAUACAACCCCAUCACAGGUACGACUCACCUGCAGACCCAUGGAUUUGUUUGAAAGGCUUUUUUUAUCUGCUUCUCUCAGGUGAAUAUGAUUAAAACUGACAGAGCUGUUUGUCCCUGUUCUUUGUCUGCAGGCAUCUUCACAGCUCCUGUGAAAGGAGUUUAUUAUAUCCGCUUCACAGGUUGUGUUGGAGAGUCAGGGUCCCUGAAUGCAGCAUUGAUGAAGAAUACUGAGAACAUGUUCGCCAUCUUCGACACCAGAGGCACACAUGGCUGUGGCUCUAAUGGCAUGCCUCUAAUCCUGGAGGAGGGGGACCAGCUCUCCAUCACACUGUGGUCGGGUCAGAGCAUCUUUGACCAGACUCGACUCAGUACCUUCAGCGGCUUCCUCCUUUUCCUCCUGUAG